AUGGAUACCUCACUUCGUUCUCAAGUUCUUGUCCUCGGCUUCCUCGUUCUUGUUCUUCUUUCACCUUCAUGCUAUGCUGGUAUUCUUAAGACUUGCCAGUUUGAUGCCAUAUAUCAGCUGGGGGAUUCCAUAUCGGACACUGGAAACUUGAUCAGAGAGGACCCUUUAUCUCCGUUUGGUAGGCUUCCCUACGGUCAAACCUUCUUCAAGGAUGCAACGGGGAGAUGCUCCAAUGGCUUACUCAUGAUCGAUUUUCUAGCUCUCUCUGCUGGAAUCCCCUUUCUUGAACCCUACUUAAAUAGCGAUGCACUAUUAACUCGUGGUCAUGGGGUGAACUUCGCGGUUGCUGGCUCUACUGCUUUACCUGUGGAAAUUCUAGCUGAGAACAAUGUUCUAGCCCCAGUUACCAACACUUCUCUUAAUAGGCAGCUUGACUGGAUGUUUUCCUAUUUCAAUGGCAUAUGCCGCGAUCAGGAAGAUUGUUUCAAGAAACUUAAAACAUCUCUUUUCAUGGUUGGAGAAAUUGGAGGAAAUGAUUAUAAUUAUGCUUUGUUCCAAGGUAAAACUUUUGAGGAAGUUAGAUCCAUGAUGCCUAAGGCUAUUCAAGCCAUAAAAGAUGCAGUCACUAGAGUCGUUGGUUAUGGUGCUACUCGAGUGAUUGUUCCUGGAAACUUUCCCAUAGGUUGUUUACCAAUCUACCUUACGGGAUUCCAAUCCAAUGAUUCCGCUGCUUAUGACGGGUUUCAUUGCCUAAAGGGCUUGAACGAGUUGGCAAUCCAUCACAAUAACCUUCUCAAACGAGCCAUCAAAGAGUUGAGGAAAGAUCUCCCUAACGCGAUCAUAGUAUACGGUGACUAUUACAAUGCAUUCCUACAGCUUUUGCGCAAAGCUGAACUACUCGGUUUUGACACCAAAUCGACCCAAAAGGCUUGUUGUGGGAUUGGAGGUGAUUACGAUUACACCCUUACCAGAAUGUGUGGAGCUCCCGGCGUGCCAGUGUGUUCAGAUCCUGAUCAAUAUGUGAGCUGGGAUGGAGUUCAUUUGACACAAAAGGCUUACAAGUUCAUGGCAGGAUGGCUCAUUCGUCACAUCUAUCCGGAACUUCAAUGCCCUGCUUGA